AUGAUGAAAAAGCUGUUAGUUGCUUCGGGUAGGAAUCAUUCUUCUCCGAGUCUCCCUGUAGCAACUUCAUCUGCAUUGUUAUUACCUACGGCAAUCAUUCAACCAAAUACUCGGAUACGAAAAUUUCAUUCAUCCCAAGCAGUUUCAUAUGGAUAUCAAUUCAAGGAAAGAACGGAAUUGGUGAGAGAGUUUAUUCAUGACUCACUCUAUAAUCCCGAAUAUGGAUAUUUCAAUAAGAAGGAUCAUGAAUUAAUUAUUACACAUCCAUUGCUACGAGAUGAAAAAUUGACAAAUACUGCUUCCAUUGAAAAUGAUCAAUUUGAAAACGAUUUAAUCAAUAAUAAUUUAUCUUUUGAUGAACAAAUGAUUUUACCCUUUCAUGAAUUGCAAGAUCAAUUAGAUUACUUGGAAAAUUUAUCAGAAUUAUAUCAGAGAGGACCUCAAAGUUGGGGAACACCCAUUGAAAUAUUUCAACCCUAUUAUGGAAUAGCCAUUGCAGAAUACAUGUUAAGAACCACCUAUGGAGAAGGAAAGAAUGAAAAUCUGGAUAAACCAUUAAAAAUUUAUGAAAUGGGAGGAGGUAUGGGAACAUGUGCCCGAAACGUAUUGGAUUAUUUAGAAAAGGAGUAUCCAGAGGUUUACAAGCGAACAGAAUAUAAUAUCAUUGAAAUUUCUUCCCAACUUCACGAACAACAAAAAAUUAGAUGUGCUAGACAUGUAAGAAAUGGUAAAUUGAAGCUUUUCCAUGCUUCCUUUAUGGAUUGGGCAAACAUCGAACAAGACGAAUGUUUUGUGAUUGCCAUGGAGGUGUUAGACAACUGUGCUCAUGAUAAGGUAUCUAUUGACGGCCAAGGCAAUGUAUUAGAGUGUCAUGUUUUUGAAGAUUCCAUCACGAAUUACUAUGGAGAGGUUUUCCUUCCUUGUCAAGAUGAGCUCAUUAUUCGAUAUCUGUAUUUAUCUGGAAUUAUUGAAGAAAGCACACCAAAUUCAUCAAACACAGCAAUCUCUUCACAAUACUUUUACAAAUCUAUUGAGGAUUUAAGAGGUGGAAAAAUCAAAAAAGCGAUUCGAUCUUUCUUCUCCAAGUCUGUUGGAGGAAUGCGAUCCUUAUUAAUGAGCUCCAUAGGAGGAGAUCAUGUCAUGUUCAUUCCAACCGUUCAACUUCAAAUCAUUGAAAAGCUCCAACAAAACUUUCCCAAACACAGACUCAUCUGUGCUGAUUUUGACUAUUUAGGAACUGAUGAACCUGGUGAGAGCAAUCGUCCUCUUGUACAAAAAAAGUUUAAAUUCAUGAAGGCCUCCAAUCUAUUACGAAAAGUUCGAGAACAUGGAACCAUCUUUCUCAAAAAAGAGGAUGUUACAUCAGAAGAAAAUUUCUCAGUAGAAUCCCAUGCAUUUAGGUCGUAUCUCGUUCCAAAGGGAGAAUGUGAUAUUUUCUUUGCCACAGAUUUUGCAACCAUGCAACAAGUGUAUGGAAAAGUUUGUAAAGAUGGCAAUGGAGCGUUGAGAGGUUCUAAGGUUGUGAAAUCCUCUCAAUUUAUGAAUCAAUAUGCACAAAAAGGCAAGUUUGAUACAAAAUCUGGUUACAAUCCACUCCUUAGAGAUUAUUCAAACUUUUCAUUCUUUUUGAGUUAA